GACAGGGAUGGAGUCAGCUGUGUUCUCUCUGCUGCUGACAGCGUCCAUAUCCAACCAUGAGAUGAGAGUCUGGAUCCUGGCUGUGACUGCACUGCUCACCACUCACACCGGCAAGGGAUCCUCGUUGCCCGUGGACCCAGAGGAUUUUCUGGAAAAGUAUGGUUAUCUCCAUAACGAGCACCAGAUCCACAAUUCAGUUGAGAUGCAGUCGGCCAUCCGAGAGUUCCAGUGGCUGUCCCAUCUAGCCAUCACAGGAGAGCUGGACAGCGCCACCCUGCAGCAGAUGGCAGAGCCCCGCUGUGGCGUGUCAGACGAAGGCAGCCAGACGAUCUGGGCACAGAGAGUGAAUGUUGUCUUUACUGGGAAGAGCCAACCGAAGCACCGGAGGAGACGAUCCCACGGGCAAGCAGAGAAGUGGCAUCAGCGCCGUCUGACCUACCAGAUCGUAAACUGGCCUCGCCUCCUGUCUCCGGGCUCCGUGCGGCUGACGGUGCACGCCGCCUUCCAGCUGUGGAGCAACGUGUCGGACUUGGUGUUCCAGGAGGCCGCUGAAGGCCCCGCAGACAUACGCCUGGCUUUCUAUGAAGGGGACCACAACGAUGGAGCCGGCAACGCUUUUGAUGGGCCAGGAGGAACCCUGGCCCACGCCUUCCUGCCCCGGCGGGGCGAAGCCCACUUCGACAUGGCAGAGCGGUGGACGCUGAACGGACACAAAGGACACAACCUGUUCAUGGUAACGGCCCACGAGAUCGGACACACUCUGGGGCUGGAGCACUCGCCGGUGCGCCACGCUCUCAUGUCCCCGUACUACAGGAAGCUGGGCCGCAGCCUGGUUCUGAGCUGGGACGACAUCCUCGCCGUGCAGCAGCUGUACGGUAAACCGUUGGGGAACCGCCUGGUGAGGCUGCCAGGUCAAGUUCUGAACGCUGCGCUGCAGGAGUGGGAGUCCACAGAGCUCCGGGCCCCAGGUCUGCCUCCGUACUGCCAGGGGGUGUUUGAUGCCAUCACGCUGGAUGAAACGAAGACCGUCCUGGUGUUCCGUGGCAGCGUGUUCUGGACGGUGUCGGCGUUGGGCAGCGUGAGCGGCCCUCUGGCCCUCCGUCAGCGCUGGUCUGACCUCCCUCACGCCAUCGAGGCUGCUGCCUUCUCCCCGCUGGACUCCAAGUUGUAUUUUUUCAAAGGGAAGCGGAUGUGGCGUUACACAGACGGGGUCUUGGACCCGGGUUUCCCCAUAAAAAGCAGCGAGUUUCCUCGUCACCCUGACUGUGCUUUUUAUUACGCCCCUCUGGGUCACAUGGUGCUCUUCAAGGGUGCACGCUACCACGUGCUCAACCUCAAAACACUGCGUCAAGAACCCUACUACCCCCGCAGACUGACGGACUGGAAGGGUGUUCCACAGGGGUCCAACGGGGCGCUGACCCAUAAAGACGGACGCCUCUACUUGUUCAGAGAUCAGCAGUUCUGGAGGUUUGACCCCGUGAAGGUUCGGGUCACCAGAGUGGGUCAGUGGGCCAAGGAUCUUAGCUGGACUGGCUGCAGCAAUAUUCCAGAGAACAAUGACCUCCUCUGACCAGCAGAGGGCGCUGGAACAACAAAAGUGCAAUAAGACUCAGAUUUAUAUCAAGAACAAGAACUUUUCCAACUUAAAACAUC